GUUUUCACGCCGAGUCAUUUCUACGCUGCCAGCGCGCGAGGAGGAGAGAGAGCGGACGAUCAGCUCGCACCAAAGACUUUUACACGAACUCUCCCACCUUCAGACGGGCACGAUGGCAGAAGAAAAGAUCUCUAUAGAAGACGCAAAGGCGUCCAACGGCGAAGCGCACCUGGACGACCCGGCCAUCGCCAACGGCUUGGGCGAGCGCGCGAGGAGCGAGCCGGAGACCAGAGGGCAGAAACUGAAGCGCUUCGCCAUGGCCAACCUGCUGGUCAUCCUGACGGUGUCCGCGGUCAUCGUCGGCGUCUUCAUCGGGCUCGGCGUGCGAAGCGCCGGGCUGAGCCGCACGCAGAUCCUUUACUUCGGGUUCCCCGGCGAGCUCCUCAUCCGCCUGCUCAAGAUGAUCAUCAUUCCCCUGGUGGUCUGCAGUCUGGUGUCAGGGGCCGCCAGCCUUGACCCCAAAGCCCUGGGCAAGCUGGGCGGGUGGGCGAUGCUCUUCUUUCUGGUGACCACUCUGAUCGCGUCCGCCAUCGGCGUUAUUAUGGCGUUCAUCAUACAGCCCGGCUCCAGCGGACAAAAAAUGUCCAGCCUCAACCAGGAUGACACCGAGGUCCCAAAAGCCAAAGAAGUCAUCGACUCGUUUUUAGACUUGAUAAGAAACAUCUUCCCUUCGAACCUGGUAUCAGCUGCUUUUCAGUCGUAUGCCACUGAUUACAAGAUUAAAAAUAUUACCGACUUGACCAACUUGACCAUCUCCUACACUGUGGAAAAGACUCCGAUCGGCACAGACGUGAAUGGAAUGAACAUCCUGGGUCUCAUCGUUUUUGCUAUGGCGUUUGGUGUGGCCUUGAGGAAACUUGGAGAGGAAGGAGAGAUCCUAAUCAAGUUCUUCAACUCUUUCAACGAGGCCACCAUGGUGUUGGUUUCCUGGAUCAUGUGGUACGCGCCGCUGGGUAUAAUGUUCCUGGUUGCUGCUAAGAUUGUAGAAAUGGAGGACGUCACCUUGCUGUUCGCCAGCCUGGGGAAGUACAUCGCCUGCUGCGUCAUUGGCCAUGCCAUCCACGGUAUCAUCGUCCUCCCGGCCAUUUACUUUGCGAUUACACGGAAGAACCCAUACAGUUUCUUGCUGGGACUGGUCACCGCUUUGGCCACUGCCUUUGGAACGUCCUCUAGCUCUGCCACGUUGCCCCUUAUGAUGAAAUGUGUGGAGGAGAACAACGGUGUGUCCAAACACAUCAGCCGCUUCAUCCUGCCCAUCGGAGCAACCGUCAACAUGGAUGGAGCAGCCUGCUUCCAGUGUGUAGCCGCGGUGUUCAUCGCUCAGCUGAACGGAAUCUCGCUGGACUUCGUCCAGGUCAUCACCAUCCUCGUGACUGCGACGGCGUCUAGCGUGGGUGCUGCCGGGAUCCCUGCUGGAGGGGUGCUGACGCUGGCCAUCAUUCUGGAGUCCAUAGGCCUGCCCACCAACGAUCUGUCUCUCAUCCUGGCUGUGGACUGGCUUGUCGAUCGCACUUGCACGGUCAUCAAUGUUGAAGGUGACGCCUACGGAGCAGGUCUUCUGCAGCAUUUUGUGGACCGCAGUUCCAGCAAAGAGGGGGCGGAGCUAAAUAAGGUGCAAGUGGAUGAAGACCCCGCCUCCAGGCCAGAGAGCUCUCCUCUCAUCGAUAAACAGGGAAGCCUUGAAUUGGAAGAGGUCGCUAGACCAAAACCCUGUGAAAAGGAGUCUGUGAUGUAGACUUGCACAGUAUUUCAACAAACUUUCCUUCCCGGCCUGUCUGACAUCACUAAAUCAAUCUCUGCAUCCUUGCAGUGAUCGAGGGAGAGACACAGGUUUAGAUUAAGACAGGACAAAGACUACAUCCUUUUGACCCUCCUCUAUGCCCAGCUCUUUAUGAAAGGAGUCUGCCAAUACGUAUGCACAUUUUAGAUGGAAACAUGCUUGAACAAUUAUUUAUUAGAUGCUGGUCAGACAUUUUUUGAAUUUUUUUUUCUCCUUUUUUUUAUGUUUGCUUUACUCCUUUUAUAAAAAAAGAAAAGAAAAAGAAAAUGAAACUCAGUCCAGCCUUUUAAAAUGAUCUAUUUAUAUUACUUUUAUUAUAACACAUGCCCUAAUAGUUCUGAUUACAUGAUGUUGAGUUUAACACUUUUUCAGGCAAAACGUCUAAUAAGCCAAAGCAUCUGCAUUUUAGGCUCUGCGUAUUUCAAACACACCAAAUACAUUUUUUUAUGGUCCGUUAUGCUGAAAUACCUCAUCCAUGCUGAUUUCCUUUAUAUCACCUCAAGCUUCUCGGAUGUAGGUCCAUCUAGUGCUGAGGCCUUCACUAAACUUGCUACUUACUAGAGGAGCCAAAAAUGGUGUAGGAUACCCUACUGACAGUCAAGACACUUGUGCGACUUUGUCUUUAUUUAGUCACCAUUACGUUUCACGGCUGGUUCUUUGGGUUCAGUUUGUAUCCCGAGGUCAGACAGGAAUGUAAGCACAAUGGUAUAUGGGUCACAUGCAAAGUACACCUUGUCUUAACGCCCCAAGGCUUUUUGGGUAAGAGCCUUGAAGCCUGCAGGUGAGGGAGUUUCCUGGGUGAAAGUUAAGUUAGGUCAGGAGGUGUAAACGGAUCCAUUUUGAUGCGUUUUAGAAGAAAGCCAUAGUUUAGAGCAUGAAUGCAGACGAAUCAAAUUAGUUUUAAGCCAGAAUAAGGAACAUGUUGGGUGUUUAAAAGUUUGGUUUCUGUUUGGGGUUAGUUUUUAAUUUUUGUAAAACAAAGAAAUGAAGUAUCAAUUUUGUUUGCUUUUUAAGAGUAUUUCUAUCUUUUUUUAAUGUAUGUUAUUACAGAAGAGCACAAAUAUAAUAUACCUGCCAUUUUCUAAAGGUAGUUAACUUUACGAGGACAAAUCAGGCAGAUUAUUCUGUUAACACCAUUAACUGGUGAAUGUUUAACUGUAACUAGUAGUUAAACUGUAGUAGUUAAAACAAAAAACUGAAAAUAUAUAUAUAUAUACAUGUAUAGCCUAAACACACCAGCAGAAGUAAGGUAUCGAGCGACAGGGUGAAAGAUAAUUUCUGUUAUAUUAUAUGUUGACCAAAUGUUUGUCACGGCGAUGAGAAGAAAGUCAACAUAACAGCCCAUUAUUGUAGAAGUCCGUUUUCAUAGCAGGUGAUCAGUGAGAGGUCACAUUUGACCAAAGAAACCCGUCUCGUGUUUUUACAAUAAUUUAACAAGAUCUAUUCUUUGGUGCUUCUAAUCUGCAUAAUUAAGUCUCUCAUUUCUGUUCCGUUCUGUCAUCAAGUUGUAUUUCAAAUCUCACAGAUGUUCUGCGUGACUGACAUCACUCCUUUUAAAAGCCAGUACUGUAAAGGCUUCUCAUUCCAGGCGGCUGUAGCGUAGCUGCCCUGCUGAUGUGGAUAUGUGUCUGUGUGUGAGUUUAUUGGGUGGUUGUCAUAAAUGGCUGCUUGAUGAUGCCAUCAGUGGAGCCAAAGAGUACUGUUCAGAGAACCAGUGAAUGUACUCCACACGGACUGCAGAAUAAAGUCUUUUUUAAGUAAA